GUCGGUAACGUUGAAAGCAUUUCGCGAACUGCUCAAUUUAUUAUGCUGCCAGCAUUGCUGGAAAGGCGCAACUGUCGGCAAAUUCUGUUCUGAAGUUUGUAUUGAGACCGAAUUAAAAGUAUUUUUUUGUCGGCAAUAUAAACUAGCGGUACAUAUUUUGCUACUUAUUGUCGACUAAUUGUCGUCCAAACAAACGGAUAGUGUGGCUGUGCUCAACGCGAAACUUCAAAAAUAACUGGCAGCGGUGGCUGGCAUUCGCAGUGUGGCAACAGCGCUGAACAACUGUCACCCGACUUUGCGCUCUCAUUUUGCAUGACUUUACACAAUCUAGGGUGGAUUUAAUUGCAAUCCGUCAGCAGAAGAGCAAGACGCAGAUGUAGACAGUAAAACGAGCUGCUUCAACCAUCACAUAUUGAAGUUAUUAGCACUAGCAGAAAGUGACGAACCAUGACGACGAAACGGUCAUGGAAACUUCAGGAGUUUGUCGCCCAUGGUGCCAAUGUGAAUUGUCUGGCAUUGGGCCAACAGAGUGGGCGUGUUAUGGUGACAGGUGGAGAUGAUAAAAAAGUCAACAUGUGGGCAGUGGGUAAGCCCAACUGUAUCAUGAGUCUUUCUGGCCAUACUACCCCAGUGGAGUGUGUCCGAUUCAACAGCCAUGAGGAACUGGUUGCAGCCGGUUCCCAAUCCGGUUCACUCAAGAUUUGGGAUCUUGAGGCUGCAAAGAGUAUUAGGACUCUGACUGGUCACAAGGGAAACACUAGAAGUCUAGACUUUCAUCCCUAUGGAGACUUUGUCGCUUCUGGUUCCGUCGACUUAAAUAUCAAACUUUGGGACAUCAGACGGAAAGGUUGCAUCUUCACAUACAAAGGUCACACUGGUCCAAUCACCUGUAUUCGCUUUAGUCCAGAUGGGAGAUGGAUCGCAUCAACGUCAGAGGAUGGCUUAGUCAAGUUAUGGGACCUGACAUCAGGGAAGCUACUUCAUGAUUUUAAACAGCAUACAGCAUCAGUCAACCAUGUUGAGUUCCAUCCUAACGAGUUCCUCCUGGCAACAGCAAGCUCAGACAAGACGGUUAAAUUCUGGGAUUUAGAGACGUUUGGCCUGGUUUCCUCCACACAACCCGGUGCAUCCGAUGUGAGGAACAUUGUCUUUCAUUCAGAGGGUUCGUAUCUCUACAGUGGCAGUCAGGACAUGCUGCACGCAUACGGCUGGGAACCGGUCUGCCUAUAUGAUACAUUCUCUAUGGGUUGGGGGAGGGUCGCUGACAUGGCAGUGGCUUCCUCACAGCUUAUUGGCGCUUCAUUCAACCAAACCAACGUCUCUAUUCACGUCGUUAAUCUUACUAAAGUUAAUCGAGCAAGGGGAGUCCCUGUGGAGCAGUUACAACCCACAGGGCCGACGACCAAUGCAGGUCAACCCGUACCAACCACACCAUUAUCAGCGAGUGGAAGGAGAAGCUUUGUUACUGAGAGACCAGCCACUACAUCAACAAAACAGAGAGAACCUGCGAUGAAAUCAGAGCCCCAGAGGGAAUCGCCGACCCAAGAUGAAAACAAAGAAGAGGAUUCACCGUCAUCAGCAGACAUCAAGGACCCAGAGAAUUACGAUCAAAUAUUCCACCCCAAGAAGAGAAUCUCACGAUCCCCAACAAGGGAUGAACCAUUUCCAGCCCCCCUGGAUGACCAGCAGCCUGCCUCAACACGCCCACCACCCACACAAUCCAAAGAACCUCGCCAAGCACAAGCACAGAGUCCACCGAGACAACAGCCCGUGUCCGUACCAGAGCCCGCAGCCCCACAACGCAAGCCUGACAUCGCCCCGCAGAGAGUGGCUGAUACCAGGCCAACAAGGGCGGCAGAGGCGCCACCACAGUCCAUCGUGCCCUCAGACAGGAAGGCACCUGCUGAGCUGGAUAUGAAUGCAUUCCUACCGCAAAACAUGAGGGGGGCUGGAGGUGACAUGAAGAUCAAGGAGCAGCAGCAGACUGAAGGUGAGGCGUUGGAAUCGUUAAUGCGCGGGCACGAUUCAAUGUGUGCUGUGCUCACGAGUAGGAACAGGAAUCUAGAUGUAGUCAAGGCUAUAUGGACAGCUGGAGAUGUUAGGACUGCGGUAGAAUCUGCUGUUAAUAUGAGGGACCAAGCUAUCAUCGUAGACUUGAUAAACAUCAUGUUAAUGAAGAAGUCACUAUGGUCACUCGACUUGUGUGUGGUACUUUUACCCAAAAUAAAGGACUUGAUGACCAGCAAAUAUGAAAACUAUGUACAAUGUGGAUGCGCUGCAGUCAAGUUGAUCUUAAAGAGCUUCACCACUCUCAUCAAGUCCAAUGUGAAGACGCCGCCAUCGGGUGUAGAUAUUUCAAGAGAAGAAAGGUACAAGAAGUGUAGCAAGUGUUACGGCUACCUACUGGCUGUCAGAACGGUGGUUGAGGACAGACAGCACACAGCAGGCAAAAUGGGUAGCACUUUCCGUGAGCUUCAGCUCCUACUGGCCCAGCUCGACUAAAAUAAAUAACAAUCAAACUCCGACGGGUCAUAAAAUAGCAGAGUUUUCCCCACCUUCUCAAAGAAGGGUCAUGUUUUAUGUUCUACAUUCUCUUUACCAAGGUAUGUUGUCACAAGAUCGCACAAACGACAGUUCUUUUAGACGUACGUACAUGUAAGGGCCGGUUUGGCUUGUGUUACUGCAUAAACAACAGAAUGCACGUGUGUUCAGGAGUGAUAAUAGUUCAGAGCUGCAACGACGAAACGGGAGCACUGCUCCACAUUUUCAAAGAGGAGCUUAGUAUUGAUAGAAAAAAAAUAUUGCUCUAGCGCCCUUCACUUUGCAGACACCCCUUGUCAUAACAUUUCUGAUAAUACUUCAAGGGCUUGUUUUCAGUUCUAUUCAGCGUUUGCUAUAAAGGAGUGUCAAGUAGCCAAUUGUUGGAUGGCUGGAUUGUUUCGGCUCAGUCGGUCACGAACAUGCCUCGUUUUGAAGAGGUCUCAUUUUUCUCGUGGAGUACAGCACUGGGGAGGCCCCAGGAUUUUUCUUACCCCACAGCUACCCGCGGCGUACUUUCACACUGUAUCCCUAACUCCAUGGUGUUUCCGUUGCACGUUUCAAGAAUACCCCAGGGUUUUAGCACUUACACCUUCUCCAGAGCAGGGGUGGAUAUUCCCUCGGGUAUGCCUAGUUGUUUUGGCAGAUGGGGGGGGGUGAACGAUCAUAGUGUGAAAUGGUCUGCCGUUAUUCCCAGGGGGCAACCCUGGGGAGUGUGGUGGUGUGAAAAGGGCCAUAGAUAAUGAAGUUUCUUUGAGCACAAAUACAUAUUGGAUUAAUCAAAAGCAAUAAACUAUCGCCGCCAGUCUUAAGCUGGAAAAGUUUCAUUUGGUUUUUAAGCAACUUUUUUUUGUACCGUACAACUUGGGAGCCUGGUGUUCAGACCUUUUUCAGGAAUUACAACCCAAUACUGUAUUCUUUGUCUCUCAGGUUUUUACAAACGGGUCACGUUUGUUCUACAUUCUUACUAUUUGUUUAAAUUCAACAGGGCCUUGAAUAAGGUUCCCUUGUUUUAGGUUUUUGUUGUAAUUUUUCUGAUUACAUGAUUUUGUCAAAAUCUCCUUGGGAAUCAAAAUUUUCUUGGAAGAAGUAAAGCCGGUAAAGAAAGAGCGACCAAACUUGCAGUUUGAAUUCUUCGGUGAUGCACAUAGUCUGUAUGCCUCCUGAAUUGUAACAUCGCUGAAUUUCUGGGUCUUGAAUGAGUAACCCCCAGUCCUGAAAAACGUUGUCAGGAAAUGUCAAGUUUCUGAAAUUCUCAUCCCUUGUUUGAAGCCUUGCAUGCUGAUUACUUCUCUGGCUGCAUGUAUACAAAAUAAAUAACGAUAAUAACAAGUCUUUACAUGUAUAGCGCAUUUUUAAGAAAGCGUACCAAUGCGCUUUAAAUUAGUGCCAGGGUCAUUGUACCAAACAUGUUCCCGUAAUCACUCUCAGCUCCCUGGGGAGUAAACUGCCGUGGUGCUCCAAAGGCUUUUUCCAGCACAAUAUCAAACUACCCUCGGAUGUACCAAUUUAUACCCCUGGGUGGAGAGAAGAGGGUGUUUUUUAAUUUUUUAUUCUUAUUUUUUAUUUAUUACAAUAAAAGUGACCCCUUGUACAUCUAAACACUGGUCCUAAUGAAAACAUUUCACAUACUAUACCUUAAAAGCAGCUGAUGAAUUUUGAGAUGUAUGCAGCGUUUGUUUUUAUCAAAUUUUGAUAAAAAUGGUAUCGUGUUUAUAUCCAAGGAAUUCAAAAUUUGAGGUUUUCUUCCAUUUGAGCUGUGUACUAACCGAGUGCCUUUUGUAAUGGUCUACAGUGCCGCUCCCAAACGAGUAACUUUCAAGACUUGUACAUGGUUUUAAAAAGGAAAAAUCCAAUUACAUAGAUAAAUACAUUUUAUAUUUGGUUUGCGGUAACACCAUGUGUGUAUCUACUUGCCAGGUAGAGUUUGUUCUUGGA